CGGAGCUGCAGCAGCUGAGAGGCAGCAGUGAGAGGAAAGAGCCGACAGACCGACAGACACCUGAGACUCACCUGGACUCACCUGGACAGACAUGGAGGACGAUGUCUCUGCUCUCGUCGUUGACAACGGAUCCGGUAUGUGCAAAGCCGGGUUUGCUGGGGACGACGCUCCUCGGGCCGUUUUUCCCUCCAUCGUUGGGCGACCCAGACACCAGGGUGUGAUGGUGGGGAUGGGCCAGAAGGACAGCUACGUGGGAGACGAGGCCCAGAGCAAGAGGGGCAUCCUGACCCUGAAGUACCCCAUCGAGCACGGCAUCGUCACCAACUGGGACGACAUGGAGAAGAUCUGGCAUCACACCUUCUACAACGAGCUCCGUGUGGCUCCAGAGGAACAUCCGGUCCUGCUGACUGAAGCUCCUCUCAACCCCAAAGCCAACAGGGAGAAGAUGACCCAGAUCAUGUUUGAGACGUUCAACACUCCUGCCAUGUAUGUGGCCAUCCAGGCCGUCCUGUCGCUGUACGCCUCGGGUCGAACCACAGGUAUUGUGAUGGACUCUGGUGACGGCGUCAGCCAUACCGUCCCGAUCUAUGAAGGCUACGCUCUUCCUCACGCCAUCCUGCGUCUGGAUCUGGCUGGCAGAGAUCUGACAGAUUACCUGAUGAAGAUCCUGACGGAGAGAGGCUACAGCUUCACCACCACCGCUGAGCGUGAGAUCGUGCGCGACAUCAAGGAGAAGCUCUGCUAUGUGGCUCUGGACUUCGAGCAGGAGAUGCAGACGGCAGCUUCCUCUUCUUCCCUGGAGAAAAGCUACGAGCUUCCUGACGGCCAAGUCAUCACCAUCGGCAACGAGCGUUUCCGCUGCCCAGAGGCGCUCUUCCAGCCGUCUUUCCUCGGAAUGGAGUCUGCUGGUAUUCAUGAAACCACGUACAACAGCAUCAUGAAGUGCGACGUGGACAUCCGUAAGGAUCUGUACGCCAACACCGUCCUGUCCGGCGGCACCACCAUGUACCCUGGAAUCGCUGACCGCAUGCAGAAGGAGAUCACCGGCCUGGCCCCGCCCACCAUGAAGAUCAAGAUCAUCGCUCCCCCAGAGAGGAAGUACUCGGUCUGGAUCGGCGGCUCCAUCCUGGCCUCUCUCUCCACCUUCCAGCAGAUGUGGAUCAGCAAGCAGGAGUACGACGAGUCCGGUCCAGCCAUCGUCCACAGAAAGUGUUUCUAAGGUCGUCCCAGAGGUCCGGCUGCUUUCCACCUGCUGCAUCCAGUCAGAAGGUCGUCGGUUCAUCUUGUGUAAACAGACUGAAACAUCCGUACAAGAUCAACCAGCGACGGUUACAGUUCAGCCCGACAUGAACAGAAACUUCAAGUCGUGACUCAGUUCGUUCAGAUUCUCCACCUGGUUCAGUCCAACAUCAUCAGGAUCAACUCUCUCUGUAGGAACUGAAUGCAUUAAAACUGAAACUUUCCAAAUCAUUGUAAAAUUCAUGAUCUGAAAUAAAAUGUUUACACGUGGUA